AAAGUUCGAAACCAUAUCUUCAUUUCUCAAUUUUUUUUCUCUCUUAAAACCAAAAAAAAUCAUUUUUCCUCUUCAAAUCCCUCCAAAUGUCACCCUACAACAACAACAGCAACAACCCAAUCCCAAAGAAACGACACCGUAUCAACAGCUCCACCCGCCUCUCCUCCCUCUCCUCCGCCGCCGAUUCCUCCGUUCAACUCCUCUCUUCGCCGAUCUCCGGCGGCUUCAACGAUGCUCCCACCGCCGACAUCCUCCUUCGCCUCUUCCACGACUCCGAUUCUCUCUCCUCCAUUGCCGAAACCUCCGAUCCUUCUUCCUCCGAUGAACUCCAGGUUUACCUUCAUUCUUCUGCACUUUGUAGGGCCAAGUAUUUCUCCGCUUUGUUCUCUGAUCGAUGGAGCAAAAACGAUGAUGAUCGGAAGAAAUUGAAUUAUCAGAAGGUAAAUCUAGCGGUUUCGCCGAAAUCUGGCUCGAUUAAUUCUCAUUUGGUUGUUCUAAGGUUACUAUACAGUGAGGAUUUGUCAAAUGCUGUUAAUUCUGCUGCUACGGCGAUUUCGAUUUUGCCUGUUGCGAUGAAAUUGUUGUUUGAUGAUUUGGUUAAGCAAUGUGUUAGGUUUUUGGAAGCUGUUCCUUGGAGUGAGGAGGAAGAAGAGGAGAUUUUGAAUUUGGUUCCAUUUUUGAGUGAGGAAGAAUCGAAGGAGCUUUUAGCUAGGGUUUCGACAUCGAAAUCGGAUUCAUGUGAGCAAAUGCUUGAUAAUUUGCUGGUUUCAGCGAAGCAGAAUCAUCCGAAUUUGGCGCCGGUGAAGGCGUUUGUUGCGAGGUUGUUGAGGGAGUUUUCGUCGAGGGAGUCGGCGAGGAGAGCGCUGGAGAAGGCGUUUCUGAUGAGUUUGAAGGUGGUGAAGGGAUCAUUGGAGGAGUAUUCGAGUCCAGACUUUCGAGGGGAUCAUGCUGAGACUGAGGCUAUUCAGAGGUUGAAUUUGCAUACUGCAUUGACUAAUGGGAAGCACUUGGUGUGGCUUGUGGAGAGGAUGAUCGAGCUUCGAGUUGCGGAGAUGGCUGUCAAGGAGUGGAGUGAGCAGGAUUCCUUUGCUGCUGAUUUACAGAGGGCGUUUCGCGAUGAUGCUUGGAGGAAUAUCGUGCCUGGGCUUCCUACGGUUGUGUUGAAGUGUACGUCGAAGCUUGCCUGUGCUGUGGCUUCAGGGAACAUUUUAGUUGCUCGGCAGGUUAGAAUGAAAUUCGUGAAAGAUUGGCUUCCUGUGCUUAUUAUAUGCAAAGACAAUGCAUCUCCUGUGCUUCCCAGCCACAAGCCAGUUCUUCACAGUUCUACUACAUUAUAUUUAGAACUUGAAGAGAUAUUCUUGAAGAUAAUCUCCACAUUGCCCAUGGACGAUGCACAAGAGCUACUGCAGCAAUGUCUAAGUUUCUCAACCCGAGAUUCAGAAGACUGUCCCCAUUUAAUUACAGCCUUCAAUACCUGGUUUCGGUGUGCAACCCGACCAUCUUUGUCAACAAGUUUCUCAUAGAAUGCUUUACUCAUGCUUUUCUUUUGUCGUAAUGCUCUGUGUGGACUGGACUGGCUAGGAUUUCGUGUGUUGAUAGUCCUGUAUAGACUAUAGAUGUAAUUAGAACUUUGUUAAUGAGCUAGAUUGUGGUUUGAUGUAUUGAUUCCACUUAUGUACAUUUGUAAAUUGGACAUGGUUUUUAAUGAGAAAACUUGUUACGUUUUCUAA